GACCUGUCACUUACAGGCACAGCUAUUCGCCUACUGUCGAUCCUUCCAGGAUGGAUAGACAAUAGACAUAAUACACCGAUAGAGGCGGAACCUUGUUAAGGACGAAAACGAAAAAGAAGAAGGAAGGAAAACGAUGGAGAAAUUGUUGCAGAAACUCAUCAGUUGUUCUCAUCGAGGUACGAGAAAGCUUGUUACCUCGAGGAGAUUUUUCUGACAGAAUAGCGGUGAAUUUGUUGAAGGAAUUAGGGUUUUCUCGUCUGUUAUGGCUCAAAAGAAUCAGAACAGAGGCACUAUAAUGAUAUAACGACGAUGGCGGCAGGAUUUAGGUAAUUGGUUACGUCGCUCUGGUGUAUAUUCUUCUAAAUUAGAGAGCUCAAAAUUGUUAAGCAUUAGGAUAGAUCACAGAGUUAAUGGGGGGUAAAAAUUCAAGGUCGACCAGUUGGAGACAGUCUUCUUCUUUUGGCUCUAGUUCUUCAUGGGGUCGUCAUGGUUAUCCACAGUCACCAUACACACCACACAAUCCAAAUUAUGCUUCCCAGCAAAACUAUGCUUCUCAGCAAAAUUAUGCGCCACAGAAUCACUAUACUCCUCCACCUGAAAACUAUGAUUAUCGGCCCCCAGAUCCAAGAAGGAAGUUGGAAAGGAGGUACUCAAGGAUAGCUGAUAACUACAAUUCCUUGGAACAGGUCACUGAAGCCCUUGCACAGGCUGGCCUCGAGUCUUCAAAUCUCAUUGUUGGUAUUGAUUUCACAAAGAGCAAUGAGUGGACAGGCGCAAGGUCAUUCAACCGGCGAAGCCUGCAUCACCUAGGAGACAGUCAAAAUCCUUACGAGCAAGCAAUAUCUAUUAUUGGAAGAACAUUAAGUGCAUUUGAUGAGGAUAAUUUGAUUCCUUGUUUUGGAUUUGGAGAUGCUUCAACACAUGAUCAAGAUGUCUUCAGUUUCUAUCCAGAUGAGAGAGACUGUAAUGGAUUUGAAGAAGCAUUGACACGAUACAGGGAAGUAGUCCCUAAUCUACGAUUAGCAGGACCGACGUCAUUUGCCCCUAUUAUUGAAAUGGCGGUAACCAUUGUUGAGCAAAGUGGUGGCCAGUAUCAUGUUUUAUUGAUAAUUGCUGAUGGGCAGGUAACGAGAAGUGUUGAUACAGAGCGUGGUCAGCUAAGUCCCCAGGAGCAAAAGACUGUUGAAGCAAUUGUGGAAGCAAGUGAGUACCCCUUGUCAAUUAUUUUGGUUGGAGUCGGAGAUGGGCCAUGGGACAUGAUGAGGGAAUUUGAUGACAAUAUUCCUCAGAGGGCUUUUGAUAAUUUCCAGUUUGUGAAUUUUACAGAAAUUAUGUCAAAGAACAUUCCAGUUUCCAGAAAAGAGACUGAAUUUGCUCUUGCAGCCUUGAUGGAAAUACCUUCUCAAUAUAAAGCAACAAUAGAGCUUAAUAUAUUGGGUAGUCGUCGAAGAGGGAGGGCUCCUGACAGAGUUCCUCUGCCCCCACCUCUUUAUGGUGCAGCUUCAUUUGCCCACAGUGGCUUAAAACCUUCUCGCACAAACAGUUUCCAGCAGAGUUCAUCUUCCUAUGGUAGACAUGAUGCACCAAUGGGCACCGCUCCCCCAGCAAGUUCAAUUUCUGAUAACCAGGUUUGCCCUAUUUGCCUCACCAAUCCAAACGACAUGGCUUUUGGCUGUGGCCACCGGACAUGCUGCGAGUGUGGACCAGACCUUCAGUUAUGUCCCAUCUGCCGUAGUCCAAUCCAAACCAGAAUAAGGCUUUAUUAAGCAUUUCUCAGCUCCACAACUGAAGCAACCACCAAUGUCAAGAUUCUUUGUAAAUUCUUCUCAGUUGAAAUGAUACUCUCUGGUGUUCGGUUUUUGGCUCAGUUUUUUACAUACCAAGUCCAUGGAUUGUAGGGGCAGAUAAUCAUCAAAUAUGGGCAGAUAAUCAUCAAAUGUGGUAGCUUGUACAUUUCUCUAGUUUUUAAAUCCUAGUGUUGAGCAUCAUUGACAUUUACAAGAGAGCUGCACGUUGUUGUCUGUUACUUUAUUAUUAUUAUUUUUAUUUGGUGGGCAGUAGUGACUGGCUUA